AACUGUGCAAACCUUAGGAGUUUGGAGUUAUCGUUCAAUGUAAUAACUAGAAUUAGUGGGCUUAAUUCGCUUAGAAAUCUUCAGAGGUUAGCCUUGGAUCACAAUCAGCUAAUCUCCACUCGAGGUCUUGAGACCACACCUCUGCUCACAUACUUGGACUGCUCCUACAACUAUCUUACUGAACUUGAAGGAAUUCAGAAUUGUGGCUUGCUGCAGAUUCUAAAGUUACAAGGAAACAACUUGACUGAGAUUCCUAAGUUGGAUAAUCAUGUGCUCCUCAGAGAAGUGUAUUUGGAUGAUAACAACAUCACAACACUGAGAGAGAUGUCAUCAUAUUGGCUACCUUUGUUGCAAAUGUUCUCAGUCUCAAAAAACAGCGUGACACAUCUUGCACCAUUUAAUUCCUUUAUCUCUUUGGAACAAGUGGACCUCAGUAACAAUUGUUUAUCAGAGCUACAGGCAGUAUCCCUCUGGUUGGAUGGCUGUUUAAGUUUAAGCAGACUAAGAGUGAGCAAGAAUCCAUUUCUGCAAGAAGCCAACUGGAGGUAACCUGUUAUGAUGGCUGUUGC